AGAACGGCAGCAGGCCCCACUACCCUUUCUCAUUCCGAGAAGCUGAAGGCAGCGGAGAGCGCGGCUCCCGGGGAUGGAGGGUGCGCGGCAGACGGCGCGGGAGACGGCGCCUCGGCCUCGGAGGCGGCGGGACCCGGGUCUCUGCGACCGUCCGCCGGCCCCUCGCCGCCCCCCGGCCUCUCGUGCGAGUCGUCCGGAAAACGGUCGCCCGCUCCGGUCCCUACAUCGUGCCCCAGGCGAACCCCGUCGGAAUCACUGGCCGCGACUCGCGCCAUCUUGGCCAUUGGCCGUGGAGGCCCCCGAAGCAGCUCCUGCGCGUGCGCCGCGCUCCGACCUCGGGCUGCGGGGCGCCGGGAGCGGAAGUGCUCCGCUGACCCGAGGGCGGCGCGAGGUCGCGCCGCUUGUCGUCAUCCGACCUGGCUGCCGGGUUCUGGUAGCCAAGUACCGGGAGGCGGAGCAGGCACGGGCCGGAGGGCAGGUGGGGGUGAUAGGUUCGCGCCCCUGCGACCUCGGGGCCCUGGGCUGAGUGUGGGCGACGGGCCGGGGGCGACAGCCAGUGAUACUGUCAUUGAGUCGGUGGGUCAGGUUCAGCGGCCGUUUGCUGAGUGUCUAGUACGUGCGAGGCGCCCUUGGGGUGCAUGGUCAUCCUCCCGAGGGCUGUGAGUAGGUACUACGAUUGUCUUCAUUAUAUCGCGAGAAAGCAACAACAGAAAGGCUCAGCCUGUCCAGAGUCACACGGCUAGAAAACCCUGGGAGAUCCUUCUAGCACCUAUGCGUUUCUAACGAACGUUCCCGAAAUGUAUCAACUUUGUGCUUGCUGUGUGCCUUCCCUGCUAGAACACAGCUCCGCAGGGUCGGGGAACUCUGAUUACUUUGUUCACUGAUGUACCUGCAACACGUUGGACAGGCCCACAGUAGGCACUCAACUUUUUCACUGAAUGAAUCCAAGCGACAGAGCGGGCAAUCAGUUCGAGUCCACAGCUAGGACCCUUAUGGGAUGACGCAGUGCUUAGCUCCUUGUCUGGCGACAGUUAGGCUGCUACUAAGCGUUUACUCUUAACACUGAAACGAGGCCUUGUGGCUGCUUCCAUAAAGUAUUCCAUCUGGGUUUUCCUCACUUUCACUGCCUCAGAGAGGUUGCUCACUGCAUCUCCUGUGCGGUCAUUGUUUCCAGGGUCAGGGCGCAUCAGUGAGACCACUGCUCACCUCCUGCGGGCUCCGGCUCGGCCGCCCCUGGGCUUCCUAGUCUACAGAAGAGCCAGUCGAGGCCUCAGAAGAUCUCUGCCCUUUGUCUCGAGCAGAACAGGAUGGCCAUAUUCCAGCUCAGCGUCCCCUGCGAAGCCUUCUCCGCCAGCCCCACGCAGACCUGACUAAUUUCUGUUCUCUGUUCCCUCUGCUCCCCCCACCGUUGCCCUCAGAGGACAGGAGCCCACCCUGCUGCCCGCCCUCCCCUUCAUGCAUGAGUGUGAGUCCUUGACCUUCCGGGAUGUGUUUGUGGACUUCACCCUGGAGGAGUGGCGAUGUCUGGACUCGGCUCAGAAGAACCUGUACAGGGACGUCAUGCUGGAGAACUACAGCCACCUGGUCUCCGUGGGACAGCUAGUUCCCAAACCCGAUGUGGUCAUCAGAUUGGGACAAGGAGGAGAGGCCAGGACAGCAGAGGGAGAGACCCCGACGCGGAACCCUCCGGAAUUCUGGCAAGUGCAUGACCAGAUGGACAACCACAAGGAAAGCCAAGACCAACGUCUGUGGCCGACUGCAUUCAUAGACCAGGAAACACAGAAGGACCAAAGUGGCCAGGAAUUGACAACAUUCAGGACAGUCAUUUAUCCGGGCACAGACUUUGUUUCUAUAAGACAAAGACUCCCUAGAUAUUAUUCAUCAGGAAGGUGUUCAAAACAUAAUUUAAACUUUCUCUGUCAAAGCAGAAGUUCUGUAAGAAAGAAAGGUGAUGAGUGUAAGGCACAUUGGAAGUCGUGCUUCCACCCUAAUCUUUAUCCAGCGCAGCCUGGAGAGAAAUUCUUUGAGCCUCGUCAACGUGGAAAAACCCUCCACCAUAAGCAAGCCCUCGAUAAAUCUCCAAGAAGUCAAACCAGGGAGAAACUCUUUGAGUGUUCUGAAUGCGGGAAAGUGUUUAUCCAGAAAGCCAACCUUGUCGUGCACCAGAGAACUCACACGGGAGAGAAGCCCUAUGAGUGCAGCGAAUGUACAAGAGCCUUCAGCCAGAAGUCAACCCUCAUUGCACACCAGAGAACUCACACAGGGGAGAAGCCCUAUGAGUGCAGCGAAUGUGGGAAAACCUUUAUCCAGAAGUCAACGCUGAUGAAACAUACGCGAACUCAUACAGCAGAGAAACCAUUUGUAUGUGGUGAAUGUGCAAAAGCCUUUAAGAGCUCCUAUCACCUUACUAGGCAUGAAAAAACACACAUUAGACAAGCAUUUUAUGAAGGAGUCCACUGUGGUAGAUCCGGCCUUAUGUACCCGAGGACUCACACGGGUGAGAAACCUAACUGUAAUAAACAUGGGAAACCCUCUGAUGAGAAACCCAACCCCAUUAAACACCAGAGAUCUCCUAUAAAAGAGAAAGCUUACGAGUGCGGUAAAUGUGGAAAAAGCUUCAGGGGGAAGUCCCACCUCUCUGUCCAUCAGAGAACUCACACAGGAGAGAAGCCUUACGAAUGCGGCAUAUGUGGGAAGACUUUCAGUGGAAAAUCACACCUCUCUGUCCAUCAAAGAACUCAUACAGGAGAGAAGCCUUAUGAGUGCAGAAGAUGCGGGAAAGCCUUUGGCGAAAAGUCAACCCUUGUUGUACAUCACAGAACUCAUACAGGAGAGAAACCCUACAAAUGCAGCGAAUGUGGGAAAGCCUUCAGCGAAAAGUCACCACUGAUAAAACAUGAGAGAAUUCAUACAGGAGAGAGACCCUACGAAUGCAGCAACUGUGGGAAAGCAUUCAGUAGGAAGUCAACUCUCAUUAAACAUCAGAGAAUUCACACAGGAGAAAAACCCUACGAAUGUAGUGAAUGUGGGAAAGCUUUCAGUGUGAAAUCAACUCUCAUUGUACAUCACAGAACUCACACGGGAGAAAAACCCUAUGAAUGCAGAGACUGUGGAAAAGCCUUCAGUGGGAAGUCAACUCUGAUUAAACAUCAGAGAAGUCAUACAGGAGAUAAAACCUAUUAAUAUACUUGAGCGUGGGAGAAUUUCCCUAUUAUACCUCAUUAUAGAUCAGUUCAUCCUGGGGAGUAAUCUUAGCAAUGUCAAGAAUGUCAGAAACUCUUCAGAUAUUAAUGUUCCUUUAAUGUAAUAGAAGGUUCAAAAAUAUAAUUCCAGAAGCAUGUAAUAAAUGCGACCAGUUUUUCACCCAGAA